AUGAAGACUGAUGCAGAGUUCCUUAAAGAAGAAGCUGAAAGUGGAUCUUGUUGUGUCACUGCUCUCAUUAAGAAGGGUGAUCUUAUUGUGUUCAAUGCUGGUGAUUGUCGGGCUGUCUUGAGCAUUUCGGGUGCUGCUGAGGCACUUACUUCGGAUCAUCGGUCAUCGAGGGAGGAUGAAAGGGAGAGAAUUGAGAACCUCAGUGGCUAUAUUUAUUUUUGCCAAGGAUUAUGGAGAUUGCAAGGCAUACUAGCCGUUUCAAGGGGAAUUGAAGACUCUCAUUUGAAACAAUGGGUCAUACCGGACCCAGAAACAAGAAUCCUUGCAAUUAAACCUGAAUUCGAGUUUUUGAUUCUCGCCUGUGAUGGGUUGUGGGAUAAGGUGAGUUUCAGGUUUAACUUGUCUCAUUCUCAACCCUUCUGCACAGACCCUUAG